UUGCCACCUUCGAUCGACUGGCUUGUUCAAACGCUUCGCACACAACUGUGGAACUGCUCGAUCUGGCGAGUUGGCAAGAUGCCUUCUGUUCAACCCAGGUUUACGGAGUAUUUACCGGAAGGAAAACUGAAGGAACUAAGGGAUAUAGCCAAUGCUUUAGUGGCUCCAGGAAAAGGUCUAUUAGCUGCAGACGAAAGCGUCCCCACCAUGGGAAAGCGACUCAAGUCUAUCAAUGUGGAAAACACCGAAGAGAAUCGGCGCGCUUACAGACAACUGUUGUUCUCAACUGAUCCCUCCUUGGCCAAGAACAUAUCAGGUGUAAUCCUUUACCACGAGACCUUGUAUCAAAAGGCAGAAGACGGAACUCCACUUGUGCGAUUACUCCAGGAUCGUGGAAUUAUUCCCGGAAUCAAAGUGGACAAGGGUACUGUGUCCUUACCAGGCACUCCUGAAGAAUACACAACCCAAGGCCUCGACGGACUCGGUGACCGUUGUGCGCAAUAUAAGAAGGAUGGAUGUCACUUCGCUAAGUGGCGCUGUGUGUUAAAAAUCUCCGAUCGCACACCAAGUUAUUUAGCAAUGAAAGAGAACGCGGACGUCUUGGCGAGAUAUGCGGUGAUUUGUCAGCAGAAUGGUCUUGUACCAAUCGUGGAACCAGAAAUUCUCCCUGACGGCAAUCACGAUUUGUACACUGCUAUGCGAGUUACUGAAGAUGUACUGUCUUUCACAUACAAAGCUCUGCACGAUCAUCACGUCUACCUUGAGGGAACCUUACUGAAGCCUAAUAUGGUGACUGCCGGGCAAUUACACAGCCAGAAGUACAGUGUAGAACAAAAUGCCGUGGCGACUAUCCAAGCGCUGCAGCGAACCGUACCUCCAGCAGUUCCAGGAAUAGUAUUUUUAUCUGGCGGCAUGUCCGAAGUAGAAGCCACUCAGAACUUGAACGCAAUCAACUGUAUCCCUGGCCGCAAACCAUGGGCUUUGUCUUUCAGUUUCGGGCGCGCCCUUCAAGCAUCCGUCAUUCAAACCUGGGAUGGACAAAAAGCAAAUGUAAUUAGUGCUCAACAAGAAUUUCUCAAACUCGCGCAGGCAAACGGAGCUGCCUCACUAGGAAAAUUCGAAGGCAAUCUACAAACCGUCGCUGGUGGACAAUCAUUGUUUGUGGCGAAUCACGUAUACUGAACCAGACAUCCUACGCAAGGAAGUGAUGCUAAAGAAUAUAUAUGGAUUAAGGAAUACGCUGACCAGACAAUUCUUUUUGGGACUGUUUUUCACGUGGCUUUUGCUUUGAGGACGCGUGUUGUUUUGGCUAAUUAAAACGACACGGCGCAAUAUAACGGUAUUUAGUUCUGACAUUCCAUGCAGCUACUUGAGAAAGCAUACCACCUACCAAAAAUAUGCAAAUGAAAUGAAAGGAUGACAUGCAGUGUGAUAUAUUGCAAGAGACAUGACUGCAUUUCAAAAUUCAGAUAGGUGCAGAGUAGCUUUUAUUUUGAAUUGUAAAUUUGCUUUUUUUGUCCUGGCUAUAAAUUAACGAUCCCGAUAGAGAUGCUAGGUGUAGCAAGCAAUGCGAUCAAGCAAUGUACACAAGCUGAGGCUCUAAGAAGGCCGUUGCUUGCAUCAAACAAUCGCACCCAACAUGCAAUUCAGUUUUCCGCCCCGAUCACGUAAUUGUACAAUGGGCUAAUAAUUUAACUUGGUAUUUG